AUGGAGCAGAGCAUCAUCCAUGAUACAACAAUACAUGUCAAUCCUUCCGAGCCCUCUGAAAGCGUGUUGGGUGGUGAUACUACGCUCGAAUCUCCAACUUAUCCUCAAUUGCUCACUCCCACAAACGAUGAUCACACUUAUUCUCCUUCGACAGAAGGUCAAGAGGUUGAUCAACAAGAUGGCUUCUACGCAGACUACCGGUCAAAAGAUGAUGACGCAAGCACUUACAAGAAGGUGGGAUUUGCAUCAAGGCUUUCUUCUCUGAGUUUGAUUCUGGAAAGCUCACGACGUUUCAACCCGCUGGCAACGACACCCAACCCAAAAACCACCAUCUCUCUAAAACUUGUUUCAAAUUCACAGAUACAUUCGCUUCUUGAUCUGUUCUUUGCGGACAUCGAUCUGGUGCUGCCAAUGAUGGAGCGAGACCACAUGACGGAGCGCAUAUCGAGUCUUCUGCGUGACCUAGGUCUUUCGGAGACAGGAGACUAUGUGGUGCAUGUGACCAUGGAAAAAUGUCCGUUAGCAGCAUUGCUCUGUGCCAUCUUAGCUACGGCUGAGAACUUGGGUUCUGAUUCAAUUUGGAGUACCCAAAGUAAAAUCUCUGGCUGGGCAUGGUAUGUCCAAAUGCAGACAUUGCUACAGCAUUUCGCGAAACAGUAUCAACCGGACAUAGAUGUUUUAAGGUGCUUCACGCUAAGUUCCUUCUACUUGCUGACACUUGGAAAGUUUCACGAGGCAUCAGAAGCCAUAGGUUUAGCCUCGCAGUUGGCAAUCGCCUCCCAGCUCAACGUGCAAGACGCAUUGCUUUACACUAAGGAUGCACAUGCGCGGCAUUACAAGCGGCUAUGGUGGUCAAUCUAUGUAAUGGACCAACAGAUUAGUCGAAUUGGCGGCACGCCAUAUUGGAUUCGCGAUCGAGUAACUGCUGUCGAUGAUGUCCAAACGACUAAUCGCGAUGCCUCAAACCUCCAAAACACCGGGUUCAGCGCCACGGUGAACGCCGGUCUCGACUAUCUUCAGGUCCUUGUGCAUCUCGCAAGGAUCGGGAGGGAAAUAUGGGAUCAGCAAAUCUCUAUACGGCAGAAUACAACGCUCGAUAGAGUGAUGGCUGCAAAUAUCGAUUCACAACUUCUUCGGUUGAGCUCUGGCCUACCAUCUCACCUUGCAUGGCGCAAAUUGGGCGUGAGAGGUGACGACGGACUGGAACCCUCGCAUCCUAUCUGGCAACGACUGAUCAUUUCGAAUACAAUCAAUUCUCUCCGAUUACUUCUCAGACAUGAUUCGCUACACCCGUCACAGGACCAUGACUCGAUGCUCAUUUGCCAGCAGCUUGCAAGGACGAGCGUUGCUGACAUUGCAACUGUCAUGGAUAUUUCAGAGGCUACGCCACGAUCUGUUGGCGUUCACUUGUCCACAUCGCUAACUGAUUUUCUGUGGCACUUGCUUUCUCCGGCACAGACUAAGAAGGACUUUGACCUGGGCGAGGAGACUGUUGAAUAUUUCCGUACAGCCUGUUCCAUUCUGGAAGAUCUGUCACAGACUGAUGUCGCGGCCCGACGAGCUGUUGCGGCUCUCCAAGAUCUGCCGUUGCGCGGCAGUAACACGGUUUCAACGGUGGAACAUGGCAUGAGAAGUACAGCGCUUGAUGUGCAAACACAACAUCCUGUCGCUGCCUCGGAUUCUGCCAUCGCCAACCUAGGAAAGCAGUCUAUGGGCCGGGAUCCUUUUCAAGCCUCCGGGAGGUGGGCGAGCUCAAGCCAUCCCUCUCUUGAGAUGUGGGCAGGUUUCUCUGGGCCGUUUUCAAAUGGGACCAUGCCUGCGCGGAGAAAUAAAGUCGAUGCUCACAGCGCCGAGGGCCAUGGUUGUCCCUCAGCAGAGGAGCAAACAGGCAACCUAUCUCCGCCCGUGAGAACUCGCGCGGUCGAUGACUUAUCGAAAACGUACGGUGAUUUGGACCUUUAUUGGAGGACAACAUUGUGA